AUGAAGUACGCUUCGCUCUUCGGCGCCGCCGCGGCCUCUCUGGUCAGCACUGCCGCGGCCGUCAGUGUCUCUCUGGUCUCAUACCUCGGUGACAGCGAGCCGCGCGUGAUUGUCCUGUCCAAGACCUACGACUUCUCCGGAAGCGAGGGCACCGCCACCGAAACUGGCUGCGCUCCUUGGGGUACCGGCUCGGGCUGCCAGGUUGCCAUCAACGCCAACGACUGGUGCACCAACUACCAGUCGAGUGCACCGUCCGUGUCGGUCGAAUAUGACAAGGCCGGUACCCUCGGUAUCACCGUCGCCUCCGACAAGACUCUCCUCGGUGAGGGUGACAAGGGUGUGAUCAAGGGUAAGGGUCUGCGCAUCGUGAGCGGUGCCAAGAACAUUAUCAUCCAGAACAUCGCCAUCACCGACAUCAACCCCAAGUACGUCUGGGGUGGCGACGGCAUCACCUUGAACGAUGCUGACAUGGUCUGGAUUGACCACGUUACUACUGCCCGUAUCGGUCGCCAGCACAUCGUCCUCGGCACCGAGGCCGACAACCGCGUCACCAUCUCCAACUGCUACAUCGACGGUGAAACCGACUACUCCGCCACCUGCGACGGCUACCACUACUGGGGUAUCUACCUGGAUGGCUCCAGCGACAUGGUCACCAUGAAGGGCAACUACAUCUACCACACCAGCGGCCGUAGCCCCAAGGUCCAGGGCAACACCCUCCUCCAUGCCGUCAACAACUACUGGUACGACAACUCCGGCCACGCCUUCGAGAUUGGCUCCGGCGCCUACGUCCUCGCCGAGGGCAACGUCUUCCAGGACAUCACGACCGUGGCUGAGAGCCCCAUCGAGGGUGAGGUCUUCACUUCUCCCAGCACUAGCGCCAACGAGGCCUGCUCGUCCUACCUCGGCCGUGCCUGCGAGGUGAACGGAUUCGGCAACUCCGGUUCCUUCAGCCAGGCAGACACUGGCUUCCUGUCCAAGUUCCAGGGCCAGAACAUUGCUUCUGCGACUGCUUACGGCGAGGUUGCUUCUAGCGUUUCCUCCAACGCUGGACAGGGCCACCUGUAA